AUGAACAACAAUAUUGGGAAUGACAGCGUAAAGGUCAUUACUUCAAGCACAUACAUGAAUAAUUUAAAGGAAUUGUGUCUUUACAACAAUCAUAUUGGAGAGGAAGGAGCCAAAUAUAUUUCAAAUAGUGACAACAAUAUUGGGGAUCGAGGUGUUCAAUUUAUCGCAACUAGUGAAAUAUUAACACGACUUAUUGAGUUAUGUUUAAAUGGAAGUAAUGUGACCCAUUUUGGUGCUUUGUUGAUUGCCUCGAGUGAGUGUAUGCAAAACUUAACACGAUUGGAACUUUCAUCCAACAAUAUUGAUGCUACAAUAGCAACAGCAGCUAUCACAGAGUAA